AUGGUGCUUGCGAUGUUCUUGCUGGUGGCCAUGUGCCUGGGGCUGCCCCGCGGUACUGGGUCUGCGUUGCGCGGCGCUAUGCCCUCUCUGAAAGAUGCCCCGCCCCGGGCGCUUGCCUCUCGUGCAGCCCUCUGUCUGCGCGGCUAUCAUGCCCUCGCCCAACGCCAGCCUGGGCGCGUGCUGCAACACCAAGGCUUUGGGCAACGACGUCAAGUUGUCUCGGUCGUUGCCGCUGCGGGUGCCGUUUUCAAGCGCUUCGUCGUUGUUCCCGGCAUGAUCAUUGGCGGUUUCGGUGCAGCCGCUGAUCAAAUGCGCAAGUCCAUUCCAGAUGUGGAUCUCCCAUUUGGCAUUGCUGACCUUGCAGAUGGAGCCAACUCCAUCAUGGGCGCAAUGAAGAGUGAGCUCGAAGUUAUUCGUUCUCGCAUGACACCAGAAUUGGAGCGCAGCCAUGCCCACAACCAUGAUGGCAACGAGCCCAAUCCCGAACCAUCGGGGGAUGGUGAUGCAGCUGCGGCAGCCGCAGCUGCAGCUGCAGCUGCAGGAUCCGAUGGCGAUGGCGAUAAGGGUCCAUCACCCGCUGAAAAACAAGUGCUUGAACAGCAGGCACUCAUCGCCGAACUACAGGCGCAGGUGCACAAACUCCAACAAGACCGUGAAGCUGCUGUGGCACAGCUUCGCGAUACCAUUGACGACCUCGAAACGCGCCUGGCGGGGGCCGAGGACGCCGCGCGCCAGGAGUUGCUGGAAGAACGCAACCGCCUGCAGGCAGAUAUCGAUCGCCUCAAGGGCGAGAAUGAGGAGCUCCACCGUGUCAACAUCAUCAACGCCGCCAAGAGUAAGCCCGACAAGGCCAAGCGGGCCAUCGACCUCUUCAGUGAUAUUCUGCAGCUUCGCAGUCAAGUCGACAGCAACUUUGCAGCCCAAGAGCGUUUGCCUCGCGUCGUUGUUGUUGGCGAUCAGUCUGCUGGCAAAACCAGCGUGCUUGAGGUGCUUGUGCGCGCCCGCAUCUUUCCACGCGGAGCUGGAGAGAUGAUGACGCGCUCGCCCAUUCAGGUGACGUUGAGCGAGGGUCGGGACCACGUGGCUCAGUUCAAGGACUCCCAGCGAAUGUACAACCUACGCAGUGAGGGUGACCUCAAGGAUCUGCGUGAUGAGAUUGAGCGUCGCAUGGUGUCCAGCGUUGCCGGUGGCGCCGUGGUGAGCAAUCAAACGCUGGCCCUUGAUCUUCGAGGUCCUGGCCUGCAGCCCAUGGUGUUGGUCGACUUGCCCGGCAUCAUCCAACACCAUACUCGCGGCAUGCCCGAAAGCACCAAAGGCUCCAUCCUGGACAUGUGCAAGCAACACAUUGAAAACCCAAACAGCAUCAUCCUCUGUGUGCAAGACGCCUCGCGUGAUGCCGAAGCCAGCAGCGUAGCCGAUCUCCUCACUGGUUUCUGUUGCCAUGCUGCCCUACUCUCAGGCGAUCGCACCGUGUUUGUGCUCACCAAGAUUGACAUGGCUGAAAAGAUGAAUGUCGCUCCCACCAAGCUGCAAUCCAUUUUGCAGGGCGAGCGCUUUAAUAUGCAAGCACGCGCCUACUUUGCCGUCGUAACAGGAACAGCGGAUCCAGAGGCUAGCAUUGAGCACAUUCGGGCAAACGAGCGACGCUACUUUCAAGAAUCCGACCUUUUCAAGAGUCAAACCUUCAACACGCGUCGCACAGGCACAGAUAAUCUCGCUCGGAUGGUGUCUGACAUUUUUUGGGAGCGCGUCCGGGACACGGUGCAACAAGAAUCGCAAGAUAUUCAGCGGGCCCUGAAGCAAAAAGAGACCGAGUGGAAGAACACCUAUCCUAAUCAAGCCCGCCUCAGCCGCGACGACCUUUUCAACAUGGGUCGGCACGACAUCCUGCAAAACAUUACCGAAUUCAAUGAUGAAAUGACACCGGAACAGUGGGAGCAGGUGCUGCACGAAAAGAUUUGGGAUACCAUUCGUCCUUUCAUCAUUGAUGAAAUCUACGUCUCUGCGUCGCAAGUUGAAUCAGCCGCCGAAUUCAAGACUCGUGUUGAAAACGCUCUCGAUGCUUGGGCUGCGGCCGAGCUGCCACGUCUCUCCGUCAAAGCUGCCCGCGAUACGCUCAUGGGCGAGUUUAUGCGGGUCCUGACCAUUCGCGAUGAGGACGGCGUCUUUGACAAGCUGAAGGCCGAGGUCAAGGAGGCGUGCAGCGCAAACUUUGAGUGGGAUCCACACUCCAUUUCCAAAAUUCGCAGCGUCCAAGAGCUCAUGCUGCGCGACGAUGUCAUCCGCACCCGACGGGACUGGGAUGCAGCCGCCAAAUUCAUGAAUUGGAAACUGACCACGGAGCUGCAGCGCACAGAUGCCGACAUUGCCACUCGCAAGGGCAGCAGUGCCUGGUGGCGCUGGCUGACCUGGACGUCAAACACCACUGACCAACACCAAUUCAACGCUUGCGCUGGGGAAUUGCAGCAUUACUUCAAGGGCAAGCAGACUGAAAUUCGCCGAGGCCUGAACACGGAGGAAAUUCGCAGUUUGCAACACAGUCUCAAGCGCAAGUAUCGCAUGAAUGUAGAACCAGAGGCGAUUGAGGAGACGUACGGUCUUUUGUUCAAGCGCCACUUCCUGGAGCAGGCGCUGCAAUCUGCCAAGUAUUGCCGUAGCAAGUUUGGCUGUGAGUCCCGAGUGUGCCAGCCUGUCAACGGGCUGGCCUGUCAUGAUGUGCUGCUCUUUUGGCGCUUGAACAACAUGCUUGAAGCGACCGUCAAUAUGCUGCGGCUUGAGGCCAUGCAGUAUAAGCGCGAGCUGCAAGAAUCAAUCCGUGAAGUUUUGAAUGACAUGAGUGCGGAUCCCGAGGCCAAGACAAACCUCAUCGCUGGCAAGCGCGUGGCGCUGUCUGAAGAGAUUGAGGUUUUGCGUCACCUGCAAAACAAACUGGAUCAGUUUACAAAGCAGCUCAAGCGCGAGGGCAAGCUCCGAUAAACAGCGCGACCCUGCAUCCCCUCCUGAGUCGUUGGCCGAGCUUUAUAUGAGGCUCAGUGAGAGGGCACUGUGCAAGCAGAUGGCAGUUUGGGGUGUUCAAGUAUGUGCCACUAGACCGCCGGGCGGUCAUGGUUGAACCCACUCUUGCGACAUUGGCUCUUUCCGCAAGGCAUAGGUCACACGUCAGAAUCCAAGUUGAAAUUUUG